GCUAAAUAUGCAAACUCACCUCACCUGCUCAGGCCUGUAUAGCGCUGGCGCCUACAUGGCUCUUUGCUCUCUUCCCCUCAUCCUCCAUGUUAGAUGGGUACAGUAGCUCGUAGGUGUGUACAAUCGAUAUCGACUCGGCACCAUCAUUCCAUCACUCAUCCCUAUACUCCGUAGAUGUUAACGGGAGGCGUAUUCAGAGUUUUUCUAUAGAUAUCGGAUAUCACGGCUUUGUUUUCGAGCUUUUGAUUUGGAAUCCCUGAUGUCUAUAUUCUUUUCCGCCCUCAAACUUCUAUUAUUGAACAUGUUACUACGUUAUCAGUUUCAGUGCCAACCCGGCAGCGUCGGGUUAUAAAUCCAGACCAGCCAGCCAAAACUUGUCCCGGAUGCUCUGUUUUUCUUCCUACCUGCGGAGUUUGGCCGAGUAACACCGUUUUAGCCCUAAGGCCUAUCCCCAGCCACGCUAUCAGCCCUGAUAUUUAAGAGGUGGCGCUUUGUGAUAAGCUAUUCAGCACACAUAUUUUAGAUGCAGAAAGAACUCCUGCGAAAUGCACGUUGGACGAACGAGAAAAUCUGCCUGAGCCGGGCAUCAACUGCUAUGUUGAAAUGCAAAAGUGAUGGUACGACCGUUACAUUUUGGGUGCGAUGAUCUGUACCUCUAGCCGACACGAAUGCCGCAUCUCAAUGCAUCUGUAGAUAUUUCAUACGAUCACCGCGCCCGGUAUCGAGGUAGGUGUUAUCAACAGUUCUCUUCUUCUCCUCGUCCGGCCACAUACCCAUACCAUGGCCGGUACAUGCAGAGCAAUGGCAGUAUCGAUAUCGAUGCUCUGCAUCGGAUAUGUUAUCUCAUCGGUGGAUGAAGAGAGAGCAAGGCUCGGGUACAUGCAAAAGCACGUUGGACAAACAUGUGAAGUUCGAGCACAGAGGUCUUCUGACCGCGGCUUUUAAGCAGGUUGAUUGCAACGUUACUGGCAUCUAUCUUCCCUAUUAGUUACCAGACUUGGGCUUUCUUAUUUUAACUGCUCAGCUGCGGCUGGCGAAAACGCGCUUUGCACCAGCGUGUAGAUGUCAUGUUGUACAGUACAUGCAUGCAAUCUGCGGCAAAGGAACGAGAGAUCUGAAGACUCGAGAAGUCUGGCAGCGUCAUCACGAUCAAGCGGCAUUCUCUAGCGCUUGCAACAACCAGUACCCGAAGCUAAUCCGACAUCUUCGAAGUUCUUCUAGCCUCAAUUGAGGGAAGAAAACAUGAAUGCCGCCAAAGGCUUCCGUUCAAAACGAGCCUGCUCACAAAACCUUGAUUCUAGGGAUUGUGCGCGUCGGAAGCACUGUACCGAACAUUCGUCGCCCGGUUUUCCAGUUAAAAGAUGAACCUACAGAAAAGUCACGAAAACUUUUGCAGCUACGAAGAUGUCGACAAGGUUACUUGUUAUGUUCCUGUGGCCCUGAGCGUCUGGGAAUGGGCAAUUCAAAAGUACCUGAUAUACCCAGAGGAACCCUUCGAUGGCAGCUUGAAGGAUACAUCCAACCAUUCCCAUAUUUUCUUACAGAGUCGAUUCUACGCUGUAUUAAGACGCUACUAUUAUUCUCCUUGAUAUGGACGGCAUUUUUCAAUGCCAUGAGAGUGGGUGUCAGUACAGGUUAACGACGACGAUGUUGAUCAAGGUGUAUCGUUUGGCCGUUACUACUGGGUUUCUCGUUGCAGCAUGGUCCCUUUUCAUACUCUACGUUGUCGGCGGUGUGAUAUAUCGAUUAUAUAUUUCUCCACUGGCAAAGUUCCCAGGGCCGAAGCUAGCAGCCGCGACUUUAUGGUAUGAGUAUUAUUACGAUGCUGUUUGCAAAGGCCAAUACACCUUCAAAAUAAAGGAACUGCAUCAACAAUAUGGGUCAAUCAUCCGGAUCAGCCCAUACGAAUUGCAUAUCGAUGAUCCUGAUUAUUACCACGUAUUAUACUCGUAUAGCUCUCCUCGAGAUAAGUACCAGUACUAUCUAGAACCAUUCGGAUUUCCGUUAUCCGCAUUUGGAACGGAGAGUCACCACCAACAUCGUCACCGUAGAGGUGCAUUGAACCCAUUCUUCUGCAAAAGAAGGGUGGCCCAACACGAAGGCCUGGUUCAUCACCUUGUCAACAAGCUUUGUGGACACCUGGAACAAUUCCGGAUCACAGGCAAGACGGUACCACUGUCGCUUGGGUACACAUGUUUGGCGACUGACCUCAUUGUUUCAUACGUGCUGGAUGAACGCCAGCAAUGGCUUGACGCACCUGGGUGGCUUCCACACUGGAGGCGGGCGUUGGUGUCCUUAUCAGAAAUGGUGAUGGUAUCUAGGCAGGUAAUCUGGGUGCUGAAGAUCCUAAAAUAUUUCCCUCGAACCUUGGCAAUCUCCAUGAAACCUGGCCUAGGCUUGUUCUUUGAGCUGGAAGAAGGAUUUCGUCGGAGGAUUAAACAGAUACAAAUGGACAGAGACGGAGAGAACGACAGGCAACCCACAUGCACGACAUCGAAAGCAUCGAAAGGAUACUCGUUGAUCGAUCAAAUCCUCGACUCUAGAUUGCCAGUCGAAGAGAAAGCCCCUGAACGAAUUCUUCAAGAAGUCCGAUCAACAACAGCAGCGGGAAUUGAAACAACCUCAAACGCGUUAACGGUCAUAACUUACUACCUUCUAGACAAUCCAGACAAAAUCCAGCGACUUCGCGAUGAGCUUUCUACCUUCGAAGGCGACUGGAGCUCUAAGCAGCCAGCCCAGAAACUGGAACAGCUUCCAUACCUGACCUCGGUCAUUCUCGAGGGGCUGAGGCUAUCGUACGGAGUGAGCACAAGGUUGCAACGGAAAUCGCCUGACCAAGCAAUUCACUACAGGGAUUACUGUAUUCCUCCAGGGACUCCCGUUGGAAUGACAUCGGUCCUUAUGCACCACAACGAAACCAUCUUCCCGGACUCACACAAGUUUGUACCAGAGCGCUGGCUGGAUCUGGACGAACGAAAGCGACUUGAGAGGUAUCUGGUUUCCUUUGGGAAAGGGUCUCGGCGAUGUGUUGGGCAACGAAAACUCAACCAAUCUGACAUUUGCUCAUUAUAUUUAUAACUAUUCUAUUUAUAUGUAUAGACUAGCGCAGACGAUCCUUCUUAUUACCACUGCUACCAUUUUCAGAAAGUUCGAGCUUGAGCUUCGAGAUACGUCUAGCGACGAUAUUGAGAUUGGCCAUGACCUGUUCGUUCCAAGGCCGAAGAACACGAAAUCUGCUGGUUUACGGGUAUGUGUUUUGAAGAAGUACCUUGAUCAUAGAUUCCGUGGCUCUCUCACGGCGAAUCAGUAAUAAUGUGAAGAUGUUCGAAGGGGUAAAGGGGGUUGGUUCAGUGUCAUGUGAUAGCAGAGCAGCGAGAGUGCGAGUUGAAUCCUUUACUACUUCUGUUUCUUAGUAUUAUUUAUUGUGUAUUCGAGUUAAAGAGGGAGAGAAACUCUUAUCUCACUUUUCAAACAUGAUAACUAAUUCAUCAUCCAUUUUCAUGCCUUAAUAAUCCCUUCCAAUCGGCUG